AUGGAGUCGGCCGCGCCUAGGCCCCGCGACGACGGGGUUGAUGCCCUUUCCACGAGUGCUGUGAGACGUCUCUACGUCUCGCAUUUCCUCUCGGCCUGGAACUCUCGAUUCUUCGAGUUUGGCUCUACCCUUUUCCUUGCCUCCAUUUACCCGCACACCCUCGUUCCGACGUCCGUGUACGCGUUGGCCAGGGCCGGGUUUGCCAUGGUCUUUGCCCCCGCCGUCGGGCGAUGGAUAGACAAAUCCGACCGGCUGUUCGUUGUUCAAGCAUCCAUCAUUGGCCAACGCGUAUCUGUGGCGAUAUCCUGUUUGAUAUUGUAUCUUCUGGCGCGCUGGCGGGACUGGGGCGCUCAUUCCACCCGCGGCCUGUUUGCCAUCAUUGUGUUAUUGGCAGGCGUCGAAAAGCUUUGCUCGGUCAUGAACUCGGUCUCUGUGACCAAAGAUUGGAUCGUUGUAAUGACUGAGGAAAAUGAGCAUGUGAGGAAAAUUCUCAAUGCCCGCAUUCGACGCAUAGAUCUCGUCUGCAAGCUCCUGGGGCCUUUUGUAGUUGCCUCUAUUGAUGAUUAUUCGACAAUUGUGGCGAUAUGGACAACCAUGAUCUUGACGCUGCUUUCAGUCGGCCCCGAAUACAAAUUUAUAGCACAGACUUACUACUCUGUGCCAGGUUUGGCGAAACCUCGAGGCCGCCAAGCACAGGCCGCCUCUCGCUCGACGGGGUCAGGUGAAAGCGAUGAAGAAGAGCCUCUAAUCGGAGAUCGGACACCGGGAGCGAACCCAACAGCCCCAAGGCGUCAAUCUCUCCUCACCACCAUCUUCCCCCUCGCCUCCCUCAAAUUCUAUGCGCACCACCGCGCCUUCUUGCCUUCUCUGGCCUACGUAUUCCUCCACCUCACCGUACUUUCCUUCUCCGGCCGCAUGAUCGUCUUUUUGCUCAGCAUCGGCUACAGCUCCCUCACAGUCGGCAUCGCCCGCACGGUGUGCACCAUCGUUGAGCUGAGCGCCACCUGGACGACCCCGAAGCUCAUCGGGAGGUUUGGAAACGUCAUGACCGGCUUUUACAGCAUCACCUGGCAGGUACUGACCCUUUCGCUGGGUGCAGCCUGCUUCGUGAUCGACUGGGACGCGGUGUUGCGGACCACCGAUAUCGGGGCGCUCAUCGGUGCCGGUGGGCUCGUGAUCAUCGUGCAGGACGAGGUGGAAGAGGAGAGCCGAGGCGCCUUUUCGACGGCGGAGGCGUCCAGCCAGAAUCUAUUCGAAAUGCUUUCGUAUGUUUCGACAAUCGUCUACUACAAGCCCGAAGAGUUUCAGUGGCCCAUGUUCAUCACGCUCGCAUCGAUGUAUGCGGGAUGGGCGACGUAUGCGAUCUAUGUUUACCGUGGUAAGCGACAAAGCGAGGUAUACUAG